AUGGCCUCUCUAACUCCAGGCAUCCUCCUAAAACUCCUCCAAUCGAUGAACUCCUCUGCCCGCGUCACCGGCGACCACCGCUCCCCUCUUCUCCAAGUGAUCGGCAUUGUCCCCGCUCUCGCUGGCUCCGAUCUCUGGCCUAACCAAGGCUUUUACGUCCAACUCUCCGACUCUCUCAACUCUACCUACGUCUCCCUCUCCGAACGCGAUACCGACCUCAUACUCACAAAUCGCCUUCAGCUGGGUCAAUUUGUUUACGUCGAUCGCUUCGAUUUCGAUUCUCCUGUCCCUAGGGUUUCUGGAAUCCGCCCAAUUGCUGGCCGCCACCCCUUUGUAGGUACUCCAGAACCUCUCAUUACCCGCAUUUCAGCUUCCAAAAGAGAAUUUGUGAUUCAACCUGUCGCCGACUCCGAAUACUCUGUGGAUCCAAUUGCCGUCUACUUAUCCAACAACAAAAAAUGUGAGGACUUUCCAAGAAAUGAUCAAAAUAAGAAAGUUGAGGUGACUGCUAAAGUUACAAGAAAAGCGCUUGCGCCUCGAGAUAAUGUGAUGGUAGAUGAAAUUGGUACAGGUACUAAGACUGGUUCGGAUAAGGUUCCGCAGAGAUUUUCAUCUCCGGCUGCAGCUAAGAGAUCUGUUUCGGCUGGGAAGAAAAAUGCCGCUUUGGUGGAGAGGGACCCUUCUCCUAUGGUCAAAGGGAAGAGAUCAGCAUCUCCAGUGCCGUCCAAAUGUGUGGUUCCGAGCCUGGUGUCUGCCAAGGAGGAAAACAGGAAAGUUGCAAGGGAGCCAGCAAUUAUUGUUCCAUCUAGAUACAGGCAGCCAUCUCCUAAUGGCAGGAAGCAGCCUUCUCCCAAUGCUCGAAGGGCUUCCCUUUCUCCGGGGAGGAGGCUUUCUGGAGUGAAGCUGUCGCCCGCCGUCUCGGAUUCUGCUGGAAAGAAAAAGAUUGCAAAUAUUGUCGCCGGGAUUUCAAAAGUUUCGGAGGCCCUUGUCGGGUCUGCAAAGAGUAGUAGGAAGAGCUGGGAUGAGAUGCCGGCUGUGGUGGGCUCAGGGGAGCCGAAAGACAAGGGUGAAGCCAAGAAGAAACCGGAUCUGCAAGCGAUUUUGCGGACUCAGGCUGCCCUGUCUAGACGUCUAAGUGAUGCAAACAGUCGACAAUCCAAUCAAGAUGAGACUUCGAGUAAUGAGAAAACAAAAUCUGGCUCACCAGAAGGGUGUCUAGAUAAGGAGAAGCCAACCUGUGGAGCUCUUGGAUUCACUGUACAUGAGAAGAAAUGGACUGAUGGUAGUGUUCCAUUAAAUGCAGUCUCUUCAGACCUUGCAAGGUUUGCAAAGGAGGCUAUGCAAAGAAGAGCUCUUGCUUCUACAGCAGCAGCUGAAGCAUUGGAGGAAGCAAUUGCUACUGAGUCUGUUGUUAGGAGUCUAAGCAUAUUUGCAGAACUCUCUUCUUCUUCCAAGGCUGGGAAUCCUCUACCGUCAAUAGAUCGAUUUAUCUCAAUUUACGAUGAUGUUGUAAGAUAUAGUGCAAUUGCUGAAUCAGUUGCUGCUAGUCACUGUUCUGAUCAUGACACUACAGCAACUGAGCAGUCAAAAUCUGCUUCUUUAUGGGUUGAAGCUGCCUUAGCUACUGAUCUAGAGAUUGUUUCCCUUCUAAACAAUCAGAAUAAUGGACCUCCAACAGCUCUUCCAAGAAGUUUGUCCAGAAGACCCUCUCUAAAGGCUAGCUCGUUACCAACAUCUGAUCCUGUAGUUGGGGUUUGGACAAGGGGCUAUGGAAUGAAGGAAACAGUAGAACUUGCUUUGAAUUUGCAGUCUGAGAUGCAAAUGUGGUUUGUAAAGUUCAUCGAGGAGUCCCUAGAUGCAGGUUUUCGGGUGUUAGGGGAGUGUGCUAAUAAUGGAAGUAAAUCAUUGCCUCUUAACUCUAGCUCAGUUGCCGCUGUUCUGUCCCAGUUGAAGAGGGUCAAUGAAUGGUUGGACCGUGUUGCAUUGAAAGGAGAUGAACUUCUUACAGAAAAGAUUGAGAAGCUGAAGAAAAAAAUUUAUGGAUUUGUUAUUCAGCAUGUUGGAACUACAUUUGAUAACUCUAUGCCGGUUACUUCAUCUUGA